UGCCCUGCCCCGUCCACCGCCAGCCUGCAGCUGUCAGAGGCCACACUCGUAACCUGCGCCACUCACACGCGUGAAGACCUGAUGGAUGGGCAUGGAUGAAGGGCUCGCGCCCACCUGCGCGUUUCAGAUGAUCAUUUUGAGCAACUAAACUGGCUGCUGAUAUGAUUUUCGUGGAUUAUGGAUCGGACAUGGGUGUUUUGCAGACUCCUACUUUUUGCGUGUGUUUGCGUGCGCUCGUGCGCGCACGACGGCGACGAGGCUUCGUGCGAUGGAGCGUUUGAUAUUUAUUUUGUUUUAGACAGGUCAGGCAGUGUGUACGGACACUGGGAUGAGAUCUAUGAGUUUGUGGAGCAGCUGACCAACAAGUUUGUGAGUCCCAGGAUGAGAGUUUCCUACAUAGUGUUUUCAGCUAAAGCAUUUGUUAUACUGCCACUAACUGGAGACAGGUCGAAAAUAGAGGCGGGUUUGAAGAACCUGAGCCAAAUCAGACCUGCUGGUGAAACGUACAUGCAUGAGGGUAUGAUAGCGGUGUCCGAGCAGAUGAAGGCCCAAACGGCGCCGUCCUCCAGCAUCAUCAUCGUUCUGACCGAUGGCAAACUGGAGGUCUAUCCGUACGAGCUGAGCGUGAGGGAGGCUGAUAAGGCCAGAGGGUUCGGAGCCAGAGUGUACUGUGUGGGGGUCAUGGACUUUGACCACAAACAGCUUGCUGAAAUAGCGGACGGCACAGAGCAAGUCUUCCCCGUUUUGUCUGGGUUUCAUGCCCUCAAAGACAUCGUCAACUCGAUCCUGAAGCAGACGUGCACAGACGUCUUCAUAAUAGAGCCGUCAACUGUUUGUGUGAACGAAUCGUUCAACGUGGUGCUGAGAGGCAGCGGCUUCACUGGAUCCGCGAGGACGCACAACGCAGCCUGUUUCCUCACCGUCAACCACAACACAUACAAGGAGAAGCCAAAAGUAGUUCAAGAUGGCUUCCUGCUGUGUCCAGCUCCUGUUCUGCAGCAAGUGGGACAAUCAGUUGAAGUGCUGGUCAGCCUCAACGAUGGUCAGUCCUACAUCUCCAGCCCCGUGCACAUCUACGCCACGGCCUGUUCAGACGGGUUCUGGCUUCUCUGGCUGCUGCUGGCUCUGCUGCUGCUGCUGCUGCUGGCGUUCCUCUGGUGGUUCUGGCCCCUUUGCUGCACCGUGGUGAUCAGAGACCCGCCCCCCUCUCGGCCCCCUCCUCCCCCUCCUGUCAUUGAGCCAGAAGCGGAUCCAUUACCUAAACACCAGUGGCCCACAGUGGACGCUUCAUACUAUGGAGGCAGAGGUGCUGGAGGCAUCAAACGCAUGGAGGUGCGCUGGGGACAGAAGGGCUCCACAGAGGAAGGCUCGCGGUUGGAGAAGGCUAAAAACGCUGUGGUCACCAUGCCCGAGGAGGCGGAGGAGCCCAUUAUACCCAGACCCCCCCCGAGGCCGCCACCCGUGUACAACCCCACGUCGCAGCCCAAGUGGUACGCGCCCAUCAAGGGCCGUUUCGAUGCGUUGCUGGCGUUACUGAGGAGACAGUACGAUAGAGUUGCAGUCAUGAGACCAACGCCUCAAGAUAAGGGUCGCUGCAUUAACUUCACCAGAGUCCAGAGUCACUAAUAUUUAAACAUAAGAAUGAGCUUUUAAGAGUAUUGUAAAUAAAUGUCUUUGCUUAAA